ACACCACUGGCGGGCAAAAACAAAUUUUGCAUACUUGACCUUAAAAGAUGGCUGAGUCACAAAAUGAAUCUAACUACGCUCCGAGUGAGGCUUCUACAAUAGAUAUCGACAACAUGACACAGGUUACUGAUACCACAAUCGGAGACGCUGAAGUUACUAUGCAGCCAACACCAGAGAUUAUUCAGCAGUCUAAAAUCUGGUUGUCCAAUCUUGCAGUCGAAUACCAGACCGCACUAAGAGCAUAUAAAAACAAGGAAGAAGUCCCGAAAGAUCUUGAAUCGCUGAAUGAAAGGAUAGCAGAGGCCCAGGUGGCUUUGAUACAAGAAAGUGGACGGAAGAGCCAGGAAGAGCAGAUUGUUCAACGUAUGCAGAUGACAGCCUGUUUAAAGAGCCACCUGUUUGAUGAGAGACUCCCUGCUGCUGAGGGUGAGGGAAAAGGGGGUCAUGGUGAUAGCACAAAUGCAGAAUUUGACAAAAGGAAAAAGAAGUUAGUUGACCUGUUAGAAGAGCAGAGGGCCUUAGUGACCCAAAUGACCACAGAACAACAGAGAUUUGAGGAACUCGCUGAAAGAUUGGGUACAAUUGACAGGGAAAAUGCAGAUCUGCUACAUGGAAAUCGUGAAUUACUGAAGAAGCUUCAUGACAUCAGAGAAGAAAGGGAAACACUGAGAACUCAGGCCUCUGGUUCCGAAGAUAUACAGAUAUUGAGAGAUACCUUCAAGAAAUCCAAAUGUAAAGUUAUUAUUCUCCGCAACAUUCUACAAGGACUGAUACUCGGCAGUGGAGUAAACUGGGCCCAAAAUGAACAAUUAAAAAACUUAGUACUUGAAUUAGGUAUUAAAUUAGACUUUAAGGAGGAUCAAACAAAAUCACUAAAUAAUAUAAAAUUACGGAAUUAGAUUAAAUGAGAAUUAUUGAUAAAUUAUAUUAUGUAUGUGGCAUACUGUCAGUUUGUGUCUAUAUAGUUAUGUUUGAAAAAUUACAAUUAUUUAUUGUAAAAUAUAUAGGUUAUUGUAUACUUAUUGUACAUGUGUAUAGCUGUAUGUGCACUUUUUAGUUUGUAUGUAUACCUAUUAUUAAUUAUAAUACAGUCAUGAUAUAUUUAUACAAUAAACUGUUACUUUUUGAUGAAACGAAUAACUACAGUGAAACCUGUGAAGUGUAAGGUGGAAAACUUCUAGGAGUGGGAUACCUCAAUUUAUUAGGGCAAUAGUAAAUAGUAGUAGUAAAAUGAAAAAAAAAUAUACACAACAAUUUGAAUUU